UGUAGCGUUCGGUUUGUGUGGACUAAUGCUUCUCGAAACAUGGAAUAUUUAUGCAUGAAUUGGAUUGAAAAUGGAUGAGCCUGGCUAGGAGUAAUGUCCAACGUGAAGGUAGCGGUGAGGGUGAGACCCCUGAGUGAAAAAGAACGGGAGAAAAAUGCCAAAUGUAUUGUGGAUGUUAGUGGGGACACGGUCAGUGUGGAGAACAUUAAGGUUGAUGGUCAGUCCGACUUUGGAGAUAGUCGGGAGAGAGUGAAAAACUUCACAUUUGACUAUUGCUAUGAUUCCACUGUCGAGCCAUCCUCCCCAGCCUUCGCCUCACAGGAACUGGUGUUCCAGGACCUGGGGACAGAGGUCCUACAGGCAGCCUUCGAGGGAUACAAUGCAUGUCUGUUUGCCUACGGACAGACCAGCACAGGGAAGACCUACACCAUGAUGGGAGGCCAGGAAGAUGCAGGUCUGAUUCCAAGGAUAUGUGAGGGACUGUUCAGCCAUGUUGACAACUUUGUGGACCAAGAAAAUCUGUCAUUCCAUGUUAAGAUCAGUUAUUUGGAAAUCUACAAUGAGAGGGUUCGAGAUUUACUGAGACCAUCUUUGCUUAAGAAAAAUGAGAAGUACACAUUAAAAGUACGGGAACACCCAAAGGAGGGACCAUAUGUUCAGGAUUUGUCAACCCAUUUCAUCAAUGACAACCAACAGAUCCAGGCUAUUCUGGAGAGGGGCAAUGAAUACAGAACGACUGCAUCUACCUACAUGCAUGACCAUAGCAGUAGAAGUCACGCCAUUGUUACCAUAGAAUUCACUCAGGCCAAACUAGAAGAUGAUCUACCUCAUGAAAUCGUCAGUAAACUUCACCUGGUGGAUUUGGCUGGCAGUGAAAGGGCUGACCCCAACUAUGGGUCAGGAUAUAAAGGUCGGCUGCGAGAGGGCUCAAACAUCAACAAAUCACUGGUCACGCUUGGCAAUGUCAUCAAGGCUCUUGCUGAGAGAUCUAUCCUGUCCUGUAGUACAGAUAGCCUUGGAGCAUCCAUGGCUAGUGUUCAGAGCAGCCCUGGGGGUGAAGGGGCCACACCCAAAAGACGUCUUCCAUACAUUCCAUACCGUGACUCUGUCCUCACGUGGCUCCUGAAGGACAGCCUUGGGGGCAACUCCAAAACCAUAAUGAUCUCAAGACGGAAAUUUUACCUGGACCCCAAUGUGUCUCUGAUUCGGGACCUGCGACGGGAGAUUGAACGACUCCGGGAGAUGUUGGUGUCCACUCGCAUGGGCAAUUCUAGAUCCUCGCUCAAUGAAAUAAUUUUCCUCUUGCCUCCAAACAUCCAGAAAAUGCAUGACAUAGACAUGGAUAGUGAUCAGGGCGACUCAUUCCUCCAACACCCUGAUUCCAAUUCUGUUCUGGCAGAAAAACUCCAAGAAAAUGAAAACAUGGUUGACAAGCUGACACAGACAUGGAUAGAUAAAUGGAGGGAGGCUCACGAGGCUAUCAGGGACUCGGACCUCAGUAUCCGGGGUCUACGGGGUAAGAGUAACUCUAUGGGGGUGCUGAUUGAGUCACAGAUGCCUCACCUGGUUGGCAUGGAUGACGAUAUCCUGAGUACAGGUGUGACCAUAUACUACCUGAAAGAGGGAAAGACCCUGCUCGGGCGGGAUGACGCUGACCGAGAACAGGAUAUAGUGUUGGGUGGGCCAUCAGUCCAGAAGGAACACUGCUUCAUCAAGAACAUGAUGGGCAAUGUCAUCAUGCACCCCAACAGGGGAGCUAACUGUGCCAUUAACGGCAUUGAAUGUCGAGGACCAACUCGUCUGAAACAGGGUGAUUACAUCUUGUUGGGUAAGACCAAUAUGUUCCGCUACAACAACCCUGCUGAGGCGGCCAAGCUCAGGAUCAGUCGACAGAAUUUGGCAGUAGCUGGCGCAGUAUCACAGGAAAGCCUAGACCUCUACGACCCGUCCUCACCAGACACAGAACGACAUGUCCACCCUCUCUAUGCUCACUGUGAUGCGUCUGAGUUAUGCCACCAACUAGAAAUGGAUUUUGACUCUGACCCCAAACGCAUUGAGGAAGCCAAACGGGAGCUACAGAGGGUGCGUGAUGAACACAAAAAGGCUGAGGAGGAGAGACAACUGCGAGAGGAAGAACUGUGGCGGUUACACGAGAGCCACAAACAGGAGAUUGAACAACAGCGCCAUUCAUUGACGGAGAUCGCUGACGAAAAUCUCCUCCAGCACCAGAGGGCUGAGGAGGAACUGGUAUACGCCCGGGACUGUCUACAACAGGAGAGAGAAGCUUUCCAGCAGUACCUGCAGGAGGAGUUAGCCAAGGUCCAGAAAGGACAGACUAGGUCAGAAUUUGGCUCCCAGACAGAGGUAUCUGUGGUGCAGACAGCAGAGGUAGGAUGUGACCAGGAGCUACAGGACAUUGAGAGGAGGAAGGAGUCGUUACAGGGCCAGAUCAAGGCCCUGGCCCAGGGGGAACUCAUCCGUCGCCUGUCUUACCGCGAAACAGAACAAAGGCUUCUAGAGGAGGCGGAGGAGAUCGAGGACCAAUACCAGACAACGCAGGAACAGCUCAAUGCUGAACUUCAGCAGCUAGAAGAGGUGGAGAAGGGUUACCGUACUGGAGAUCGUAGUGAGCUUCAGGACAUAACACGUGUGGAUGAUGACUUGUCUGAGCUUGACCGACAGCAGCAGCAGCUACACUUGUACAUAGAGGAGAAACAGGGGUUGAUGCAGGUUGGUCUGGAUGUGCCCCGCCCCCUAAGAUCUGCCUGCAGUGAGGAAGUCCUAACUGACACCCAGAACUCGAGACUUGGCUUCCCCUACCGGGCGUCCAGCCUGCUUGCUCUAAAGCAGGGUAGUGAGGGGGACCUGCCAACCUUGUCUUCCAGACUGUCCCUCAACUCCUCAUUAAAUAUCACUUCCCUGGACUCCAUACCAGACAGUGUGGAAAGCAUGGACACAUCCCCAUCACCACAGAACUCUACAAGCAACCGAGGAACGCCUACAGGUACACGGAAAAGGUCAACCAAGAGUCCAGCCUCAGACACAUUGACUUCUGGGGCAAAGGAGGUCACAAGUCGACUAUAUACAGCUCCUCCUCCAAAAUUUAAAUAUGAACCUAAACAGAAAUCCAAGGUGGUGCCAAAAACUGAUCCCGUGAGGAAGCGUGAUGGUCAGGUGGGAAAAGGUGCAAGUGCUGGUGCAAGUAAAAACAUUUCAAGUUUAGAAAGUAAAAAAGGAGCAGAAGAUGGGAAAACAAAAACCACGUACUUACGAAAGUCAAAAUCACCGUCACCAGGUAGAGCAACUGCACCAUUACCAGGAGGACAGACUUCACCUUCUUCUGGAAGAGAGAUCAGUCUAGGGAGUCAUGCUAAACCAUCACAAAAAAGGCAAAAAGCAUCGCUACCUGAAAGUACAGGUAAAGGUGAAGAUCAUAAGGAAAAGAGGGGUGCUUGUGGGUCACCUGGUCCUCUGUCUGAAGUGACCAAACGUGCGCGACACAUAAGUGACGAGUCUGGGGUGAUACCACGUCUUAGACAGAGCGUGUCACAACCUAUACUAAACAGAGGACUCCCUAGCAACAAGGUACCGCUCAUUUUACCCCCAAAGCUACGACCAAUAAACAGUGCUACGUCCCUGGCCAGUGUCCCAGAGGCAGUGGGUGAGGAAACUGAGGCCUUGGACCAUGGCCAAGUCUCUGACUCGCCUGUUGUACGCAGGAGGAAAAAACGCCAGUUUGAUGAGGAUGACACCAGGAGACAUUCUGAGCCUGUUGGAGAAUCACUGGCGGAUGCUUUUGAAAAUUAUACAAAGGAAAUGGAGGCGAGUAUAGAAAUACCUUGUAUAUUAUUGCAUCAUGACUCACCUGGUGAGCGAGUGUGGGCUAGGCAGCACAGCAGUAGUGUAUCAGACUCAGAUGAAGUGCCGUCUAGUGACAAUAAUGAGGAAACUUCAAACAGGCAUAAAGGUCAGUCAUUCCAAGUCAUUCCUAGGACGGCUGACCUUGAGGUCACUUCAUACAUAGACCCGGAUCAGCAGGUAGCAACUGUACAGCAGGUGGAAUGCUAUAAUAACAAUACCAUGGCAGGUGAUUCUACAGCCAAGGAAUGUGUGAGUAACUCCAACACUGUGGGGUCCUCAGUGGAUGGGCCAUUACCAGGAAAACCUACCGACAACCAGUGCAAUGUGAACUUAACAUGUGAUGUACCAACAGAAGUAACACACAUGUUGGAAAUUAAACCGUGUAAAGUGGAUGAUAAUGUGUUCAGAAAUGACCUUGAAUAUCAACAGGAAGGAGUGGGAAGGUCAGUUGAAUUAGACAGUGACUCUGGAUUUUACCCAGAAAGUUCAGAUAAUUUUGAGAGUUCAGGAGCACAUUCUUUUGCUGGUUCAAUUAAAAACGUACUGGGUAGGUCAAUUAUUGAAUCUGAACUGGAUCCACAGGGAUCAGUUCCACAGACAGUUCAGACUGGAUUGCCUGGAGCUGUGUCUGUAGAAUGUGAUGCCAAUGCUUCUGUGUCAUACAAUAAGGCUUUACCUAUGUACAGUGAUAAGCCAGUGUUGACGGGUACAGCAGAGGGGUCUGAUAUUAUGGAGGGUAGUCUGACCUCCCCAGCUGAUGUCAGCCUUCACCUGUCUGAGUCCCAGGACUCGGAGUCAGACUCUGGGAAUUACGGGAGGAAACGAGGACAUGACAGUUCCCCAGGGGAUUUUCAGGAAGAUAUUCCAACUAAGUGUAAAAAGCAGGAAAACCGGCAUUCUGACAAUGUGUAUCUAGAGUGCGUAGGUGUAGAACAUAUGGAGGUUGUUGUACCUGAACAAGAAAAUUCACAAAACAUUCCACAAUCUUCCACACAGAAUUUGAAUGCUCAAUUUACUUUAAACCCAAACUUCCAGGCUAGCUCUGGAUUUGUUGUCUGUGAUAUUUUACAAGAUGCUGCACAAACAAUAUCAGCAGAACUUUAUGGUGCUCAUAGGUCAUAUUCGUCCGAUUCUCUGGAGGAUGCCGACUCUCUCGAUGGAUCAAGACCCAGGGCAACCAUAGAACAGGAACUGACCGAUUCUCUGGAGGACUCUGAUGUUGACAAUAAAGAACAAAGGUCAAAACAUAGGAAAAAACACAGUGAUACAGGAUCUCUACAAGGGGAACAACAAACUGACACAGGAUCUCUACAAGGGGAACAACAAACUGUCACAGGAUCCCUACAAGGGGAACAACAAACUGUCACAGGAUCUCUACAGGGGGAACAACAAACUGUCACAGGAUCUCUACGGGAGGAACAACAAACUGUCACAGGAUCUCUACAGGGGGAACAACAAACUGUCACAGGAUCUCUACAAGGGGAACAACAAACUGUCACAGGAUAUCAACAAGGGGAACAACAAACUGUCACAGGACCUCUACAAGGGGAACAACAAACUGUCACAGGAUCUCUACAAGGGGAACAACAAACUGAUACAGGAUCUCUACAAGGGGAACAACAAACUGUCACAGGAUCUUUACAAGGGGAACAACAAACUGAUACAGGAUCUUUGCAAGGGGAACAACAAACUGAUACAGGAUCUUUACAAGGGGAACAACAAACUGACACAGGAUCUUUCCAAGGGGAACAACAAACUGACACAGGAUCUUUACAAUGGGAACAACAAAGUGACAUAGGAUCUCUACAAGGGGAACAACAAACUGACACAGGAUCUCUACAAGGGGAACAACAAACUGACACAGGAUCUCAACAAGGGGAACAACAAACUGACACAGGAUCUCUACAAAGAGCAGAUGAAUCACAAGGAUGCAAUCAGUCUAAAGAGAAGCAUUCCCAGACUGAAAAUAAUGAAAACUUUUCAAAUGAAUCUGAUACAUGUUUGAGUAACACAGCGAUUGAAAUUCAGAGUAGCACCCAGAUGUCUACCAGGAAAGAACAUGAGCAUUCAGAUUUCGAAUUGUGUGAAUCAGUUACAACUACUGACAUAGAAAAAGAGAUGUUAAAUGUUGAUAAAAAACCAAACUUAUCCCAAAGCGAUGUAGACAUUUUUUCAACCCCUGUAUCUGAUAACUUGGCAGAGGAUAAAGCAGUGACAUUAACCCAAAGUGAUGUUAACAUCUGCUCGACACUUGGUACUGCUAGUACUGGAGACAAUACCACAACACCUAGUACUGUGAACAAUGCCACAACACCUAGUACUGCUAGUACUGGAGACAAUGCCACAACACCUAGUACUGCUAGUACUGGAGGCAAUACCACAACACCUAGUACUGGGAGUAAUGGAGACGAUACCACAACGCCUAGUACUGCUAGUACUGGAGGCAAUACCACAACACCUAGUACGGUGAGUAAUGGAGACGAUACCACAAUACUUAGUACUGCUAGUACUGGUGACAAUACCACAACACCUAGUACUGCUAGUACUGGAGGCAAUACCACAACACCUAGUACUGGGAGUAAUGGAGACGAUACCACAACGCCUAGUACUGCUAGUACUGGUGACAAUACCACAACACCUAGUCCUGUGAGUAAUGGAGAUGAUACCACAACACUUAGUACUGCUAGCACUGGAGACAAUACCACACUUUGUACCACAAGGAAUGGAGACGAUACCACAAUACUUAGUACUGCUAGUACUGGUGACAAUACCACAACACCUAGUACGGUGAGUAAUGGAUACGAUACCACAACACUUAGUACCGCUAGUACUGGAGACAAUACCAAACUUUGUACCACAAACAAUGCCACAACACCUAGUACUGCUAGUACUGGAGGCAAUACCACAACACCUAGUACUGAGAGUAAUGGAGACGAUACCACAAUACUUAGUACUGCUAGUACUGGUGACAAUACCACAACACCUAGUCCUGUGAGUAAUGGAGAUGAUACCACAACACUUAGUACUGCUAGUACUGGAGACAAUACCACACUUUGUACCACAAGUAAUGGAGACGAUACCACAAUACCUAGUACUGCCAGUAAUACCGACGAUGCUACUCAUGUUGAAGCUUCAAUAAGUACUGAUGAUGUCCACUUUAACAGUAAAGCUGCUGAAGCUGUGGAGAUAUUAGUUUGUCAGGAGCCCUGUCACACUCUGAACUCUGUUUGCCCAAGUGAGGUUGAAUCAGCUAAUACUAAAAUCUCUGCUGGCUGCCCUGGUGAGCUGGACUCUCAUCUCAAUGAAGCCUCUGUGUUGGUCUGCUCUGGUGAGCUGGACUCUCGUCUCAAUGAAGCCACUGUGUUGGUCUGCCCUGGUGAGCUGGACCCUCGUGUCAAUGAAGCCUCUGUGUUGGUCUGCCCUUGUGAGCUGGACUCCUCUAGAGUGGACAUCUCCUCCCCUGUCGUAACCUCAUUAAAUACUGAUACAAUUGUGCCUGUACACUCCCAGACAGACACCUCUGUGGGAGAUUCUGCUAUAAUAAAGGACUUGUGUCAGGUUUCACCUGAAGAGUCCUUUUCUUUGAACAAUCUUUCCAAAGCUGAAGCUGUUAAAGAGAUCAAUGUAUCUCCAGAUCAGAUGGUAAGUGUGUCUGAUAGCUUUGUGUUUAAGCCCAACACAGCUGUAAAUCCGUUGGAGGUGAAAUCUGACGAUAUUUCUCAACAUGUCAACCAUUCUAGAGGAGAGGUUUCCAUCGGCGUCGAUGGUCAGCAGAUGGAACUAGCCCAGGAAUAUUUGUCUGCAACCGGUGUGUGUGAUACAAACACAUCUCGCGGUCAGGUGAUCAGUGUGACUGAAGCCACACCCACCCAACACUACCCAGACACCAACCAAAGUCAGGAGGAUAAACUUGUGGUCAAGGACCCUUUGACCUUCACACCAAUUAAAUGUAACAAGGAGGAUUCAAGCAGUCAAACAAAUCUAUCCUCAGAUAUGAACUUUAAACCAAUCAACAAUGCUGUAGAGGAGUUACAUGGUCAGGUGCCUGACCAACCCUCCACACGAAGUCUUGGCAUAGUGACCACGCCCGAUCGCCUGACCCAGGGAAUGGAGGAAGAGGAGAAUGUGGGUGGAGCCAGUGACUGUUCCCACGACUCCAUCCAGGAUCUACAGGAACAGCUCCAGCAGCUUGAAGAAUUUCCAGGUCAAAAGGGUGCUGGACCUAAUGCUAACCCUUCAUUGUCAUCGUCUCGGAGGGCCACACGCCACCGUGCCAUGAUCCGACAGAAACGUCGAGGUGUGGAGGAAUCCGAUGACUUUAGCCCAGAGUCUGGUGACUCCAUCGGUUCUGGGAAUGUGUCUAAGCCAUCGUCCAGACCGGACUCGGCAUCUAAACGCCGACGUCGGAUAGUCAAAUCAAAGUCAGACCGUCGCUCUAAUUUGAAAGCUCCUAGUUCUGAGGAUUAUGUUAACUCUGAGAGUGACGAUGUUUGCUCUGAUGAUUCUCACUUAGCCAACGAGUCUGGAGAUUUGAAGGAUGUGCAGCCAGACAUCUCUGAUGAAAGUGAACCUUCUGUGACAUACAGUGACUUUGCCCAACAGUUGUCGACUGCUCUUGAUGAGCAGAAGGAGAGUAUAGCUGAACAUGACAGUGUUAGUCAAAGAACUCAGACAUGUGAUUGUGCAGAAAACAGUGAAGAAUUAUCAGAAAAUAGGAUUGUAACUAAUUUAAAACCUGAACAACCUGACAGUGAAGAAGAAUUCAAAAUGGAUGGUCAUCAUAUGAAUGGAGUUUCAAAUCAUGGGGAUGACAUGAACAAGGGUGCUAUCCCCAAGAAAAGUAAGCGAUUCAAACAAAGGAACAGCAAUGGGUCUAGCACCAGUGAUUUAGAUACUGAUAUGCGACGCUCAUCAAGAACGCCAUCAGAAACGCGUGACAUGGAACAGCAGACAGAUGUGAGUUGGUUGGAAUUUCCAGACAUUUCUCCAUCUCAAACUCGACGAAAAUCGCCUGUAUUGCAUAUCUCUCCUCUGAGUGUGUGGAACUCUGGGGAUAGAGGAGUAAGGACUUCUAAAGGCCCGCACGGGUCUGGUGGUGUUAACGUCAGUAUGGACAGUAGGCACAUCAAAAAGACAAAGAGAACAAAACCAGUUAGUUUACAGUUCACUACACCUGAUGUUUGGUCAGCAGAUACCUGGGUAGAGAAUUACGCGUCCAGUGGAAAACUUGAUGCAGAUAUUUCAUCUGAUUCGGAUGAUGAUCAUGCAUAUGUUAUGGAAACUGAAGUGUUCUCACCACAAUCACCAACAGCUUGUGAUAAGUUUUUUGAUGAUGGAGAUACAUCUGAUACUAAAGAAGAUUCCAAUUCUGUGAAAUAUUAUGUGACAAUUAAUGAGGAAAAUACCAACAUUAGCUACAAUGUUGACAGAACUGAAUACAAAACUUAUUCCCUGAGAAGUCAGAUUCAACCAAAUGAACAAACAAUGAGCAUUCCAGAAAGUAUUAAUAUAAACUUGACAGCAACAGAUACACAUACUUCAGAGAGCCGCCACACGUCCUCUAACUCGCAGCGAGUUUAUCUCAACAACUCUGAUCAAACAUCCUCAUCUCCAGAGCAAAAUAUUGUUGUUUCGGAGAGAAGUUUUCGAACAGUACAUGAAGCAUCAAGAGAUGAAGACGAUUUCGUAGAGAGACAUUUUGAAGAAGAAGCAUCAGCAUCUUACUUAGAGCUUUGUCCUGGGACGAGUACACCUCAUCCGCCUAACAUUUUCACAGAAACAGGAGACAUAAAUAAAAACGACAUUCUUUCUCCUCGUGAGUCUGAAACCACCUCCGAUUAUGGGACAAUGAUAAUGGACAACAGGCGUGACUUUACAUCCUUUACCCUUGACUCAGGAGAUGAGGAGGGUUCUCUGGCUAGUGGUUACAAAUCUUACACUGACAACCAGGAUAGCAGUCCUCUGGACGAUAAAGUGUUUGCUCUCCCUAGUGAUCAGUCAGAUUUACUGCUGGCAGAAAUGGGAAGUGUUCCUGAAGUGAACAGCGAGGACGUGGAUUCAAUAUCACAAAAUGGCCAACGUUUGUGUUCUUCUGAGCAUAUCUCCAGGCGGAAUGUUGUAGCAGGAUCACAGCAUCUCCCUUGUGAACCAGAAAUGGUUUCAAAUGUACUCACUAGUGAACAGAUUGACGCAAAUUCUGUUUCCGACGACAGUUCAGAUAUAGAAAAUAGCCAGUUUGUUGAAGCUGAAAAUGUUCCACAUUCCACAAAUAUUGCUCAACAAGUUAUAGGUGCUCUUGCACGGAUGUCAGCCCUGGCUGGGGUUAAUAAGGAGGACAGUGAGGACCUAUCAGUGUCAUUAGACCGACUUCAGGGACCAGAGAGUGUAAGUUCAGACUCGUCAAUCUACAAAACUCCUCAGCAAUCACCAAGAGAUGAAGAGGAAGGAGAUACCGCUGCAAUUGAGAACGUGGAAAUUCCUGAUCAGCCUCAGUCACCUCAACUCUCUAAAUGUAUGAAAAAUAAGGAAGCAUUAAAUCCACCCCUCCAAUCCCAAUCAAAAGCUGUUGCAGAAGAUAAGACGGUAUCAGUCACAACUGACCCUCAAUCUAUUCCCUGUGCAAGGAGAAAGACGGUUGAUGACAGUAGUGUUAGGGAAGAUCUCAAACGGGAACUACAGCAGAAAUUAGCUCGACUUCAAAAGCAUGUACGGAGUCUAAGUGACUCCGCCAUUAGUUCUGACUAUACUGAUGGUGACUCAACCUCUGUAUCUCCACGAGGGAGCAGAUUGUAUGAGUCUGACAAGACCUUGAGAGGAGGUCUUUUCGUAGACCAAACCGAUUCCAGGUAUCCAGAGGACAUCCGUGUCAUGGCGACUCAGACAAGGACCCAGUUUGAUCCUGCAGCUUCUGGACAGCCCUUCUCAUCAACCGUCCACAGACUCUUAGAGAUUGAUAACAAAACACCCAAAAAAUCCCCUCUUAAAGACUCUGGAAAUGUUUUUGACGAUUCUGACCUAGGUGAACAAGUAGAAGAUACAAUCGUUCCUGAAAGAGUUGUAAAAGAGGAGUUGUGUAAGUUUGUUCCAAUAGUUAAAGACGAUGGGGAUAGCAAAUGCGAUGAUCUUAUGAACGCAAGUGCCAUUGCCGACUCUAGGUCACUUUCGCCUGGUGAGCUUAUGUUAAGUGCAUCAUGUUCAUCAGGAGACAUUUUUGAAAGUGUAGGAUCUGGCUCUUCAGACCUAGAGGAAGUGUAUAGAAUUAAUACUAGUGGGACUAUGCAUGAUCAGUGGAAUGAUCGAGACGAUGGAAUUGUCCCCAGGUCGUUACCUGGCACGCAACGGUCGGUCAAGAAGGAGAAAUCUCCCUCCAUGUCGGACAUUGCGUCUCCUCGGUUUGACAGAGACUUAAAAAGGUCAAUGUCAGAGGCUAACGUUGACGAUUUCGAGGAAAUAACAACGUCUUCAGAGAGCUCUAAUGACAGUAUUGUGUUUGUAUUCAUGGGCCAGUCGCACACUACGGAAAGCAUGGAAAAACUUCAAAACGAGUACAAUCCAUUACCGUUCGGAAACGAUUCAGAACCUGUAUAUCAUCCCUCAAAUUGGACUUCUGAAGAAUCAACUUCCAGUCAACCGCAGCUCAAUUCGGAGGGCACGAUUUCUAAGAUUGAGGAACAGACAUCAGAUUAUGACCUUGUGAAAUCCGGAGAAAAUUGCUCUAUAAGUGAAAAUCAAAUUACAUUGGAAUCUAAGAAGGAGCUGAAGCCCUCCAUACAUAUAAGUGAAAAUCAAAUUACAUUGGAAUCUAAGGAGGAGCUGAGGCCCGCUGUAAAGUCAAGUCCAGACCAUACCGGCGAGUGUGGUUAUAAGAACUACGACGACGAUGACAACGAGCCACUGAGGCACAGGUUUGGUAUCGACGAGGCCGUUCUCCCAAUUCCUGAGAGAUCUGUGUCCUCCGAUAACAUUCCAAAACAGACCAUGUCUAAUCUGACUGUUCACCGCUCACGAUCUACAGAUCUUCUGGAGGUAAAUCCUGUGGAGAACCCCAAUGAUCCCAGUAACAACGAGGGCAUAUUUCCUCCAAAUGUUGACUACGACUUUUGGGAUGAUUCUCAUGGCUACCACGGCGACGUAGUCGUCAUCGAGGAAUACUACUCUGAUGAUAGCGACACGAAAAAGAGCUCUGAACAUGCUCUGGACAAAUCACAAGAUCGAUUUAUUGACGAGGAACAUAUUGCAACAGAGGAGAUACCUUAUUCUGAACUGUCUCCAACACAUCAAGACGGAAAUCGAAGGGUCUCCUCAGAAGCUAUUGACUACAAUGGUAACAUGCAUGGUACUGGAAUGCUAGAUCAGGAAGAGCAGUAUGUGGGCGAGCUUUACACCUUACCCACCACAGGACCCGCUGACACAUCUAGAGGCCAAGAGUCUGGUCGAAUCCUCGAUCCUGCUGGACAACUCGCAUCAGAUAAUAGUUUACAGACACAAUUAACAGACACUGGCACUCAAACAGAGGUUGUAGAGUGUUCAGCCAAAAGUCAAGAGGAAUCACACGUGUUACCAGCUCUUGCCUCCCCGUACCGAGCACAAAGCAUGGGUGAUAUUAACCCAGCGGACAGUUCCAUUACUCUCACACUUCCAGAAGGCACAGAGAACUGGGAAAACUUGUCCCAUAUGGUGAUUGAAUCGACGACUUUGAUUAAUAACAUCAACCAAAAAAUUGCUGGAGUCAAUACAACUCCUUGUUCUUCUAAGGAAAUGCUUAAUUCACACUCCAUCACAACCGGAUCCCGUCCCGCCCGAUUGCAGGCUAACGUUAACAUGGAGUCGCAGGACGAUACCACUCAGACAACAAGGCCAUUGACUGAUCUACAUGACCUUGCAAUACAGACUGAUGACGAAUGGAUGCUAUAUGAUAGGGAAGAUUCUCCAGACAAUAGUAACGAUUCUACCCAGACAGACACCGACAUCACUAGACCAAGGGAGCUGUCGGAAACCGAAACAAAUGAUAUAAUUUCACUUCCGGUGGAGCUUCCUGUUGACUAUGACAGAGUUUUCCCUCCAGAACCCUCGAAAGAGAUGUCUAGUCAAACGUCACCAGACACCACUGUAGAUACAAUUGAUACUUCUAUGCAAACUGAUGAAUUUGAGAAAGUACUUACAAGACUUAGUCAUGCUCUGAAGAACGAUGAUAGCCAACCGGAAGAGAUUGAAGAGGAGAUCAAAUCAUCUUACGUUGAUGGAGUGAAUGCACAGAAAACACUGAAAUUAUCGUCUGGGCAUGUAACAUCUCGUGUCCAAGACCAAGCUGUUACCGAAUACAACAAACAGGAGCAUCAUCUGCGAAAACACAACUCAAAACAGGAUCAGACUCAAACUGUCAUCAUUGAGAGACAGAGUGUCAUAGAAACAGAGGCAAAUGUUCCUGACAUGGAUGUGACUAAUGCUGAAAUGGAAGCUCUUAAAGCUGAGCAUGUUAAGAUGAUGGAAUCUCUCAAGAAAGCAGCUGAAGGCAGAAAGAUAAGAACACAUGAUUUAAAAGCUAGAUUGGAGAAACAAACACAACUGGAGAAGGGGCCUGUUAGUGAUCGUUAUACUGACGAGUCCAAUUCAGAUACUAGGCAUGAAAACCGGAAUAUGACGUCGUGGCAUGAAACACACCUAUCCUCCGAUAUCAGCUUAAACUACGACAGUAGUAGUAGAGGUGUCCAGAAGGAUGUUACAUUGGAACAAAUCAAAACAUCAGUUCAUACCGAGAAGGAAACAGAACAUGUUUGUGACGAAUCUGGUGACUUGGACUCCAUCUUCAAAGAUAGCCAUCAAUAUUUGGGUAGCAAUGACAGUUUGGAGAAUAUUGAUGACCUCCUGGUUGCUAAUAGUUGGGUAAAAGGUAAAUCUAGAUCAUCUUCUGAACCUGUAUCAACAAAAUCUGUAAAAGGAAGAAAACACGAAGAAACUUCAGUUGUGUGUGAAUCUCCGACUGAGAUUAUUGAGGACCUGGUUUCACCUGUUUGUAAAUCAAAUCAGCAAGCAACGUCGCCAUCAGUCGGAGCUGAAGGAGUCCCACACAAUACCACCGAGGUGACCAGACUCGACUCUUUGAGCAAUUUAACCUCUGAAGGAACACUGCUUGGGGAAGAGGUUUCUCGUUUUCUUAAUGAUGAUAACGAUGGUAGAUCGCCAAUUUUCAAAGAUGACUCCCGGUUCGGAGCAGAAAACAGAGCACUUCUUACUCGGAAUAGGGCGACCAGUGAACCUGUUGAUGAUGAAAUAGGUGACCGAGAAGGAUCGCCACAACUACAGACUCCUCCAAACUCGCCCGUUGCAUUGAGCAACGGUGAAUCAAGAAAACCGCAAUACAAGAAACCACAACCGUACCGAAGAUCUCCCGAAAUUCAGCCUAACUAUUUGGCCACACUGCGAAAGCAACCCCCUAUUACAAAACAAACAGAGACGAGUGGACAAAUCAGUACAGGGGUGGAGGUGUCUGUCGACAGUUCUGAUGACUUCACUCAGACUGAUCUGCAGUCACUUAAACUCGAUCUGAGUGAGUUUAAAUUCGAUAGUAGCACACAUUCCGAGACACGGACGGUCCGUAGUCAAAAUAAUCCGUCGAUAAAAUCCAAGCUAUCAAUACUACAAAAGGAAAGGGUAGAGAUCAUAGAACUGCUAUCGAUGAACUAUCUGCCUGCCAGCUUAACAGUGGAACUGUUAGAGGCCAAACUUAACUACUGCAUCGGGCAGACGGACACACUGCUGAAAACGCUGGAGGAAACUUGGGAUAGAGCAGACUUCAAUGUUAAAGAGAUACACGAUCAUCACCACACUAACAUUACCAGAGAGUAUGUGACUAAUUAUCGCUUUGACCUGCAGAAAUCAAAAAGGGAUAUUCAGAUAUGCAAGGAGAAAAUAAAUUGCGCAGUACAACCGGGAGUCGGCCGUGGUAGAACUUUGACAAGGAAUAAAGACAUUGCAAAGUGGAAACGCUUAGAGGAAAUUGAGGCAUUUAAGACUGAGAGAUUUAUGGAACAACACAACUAUGAACGAGCAAGAAGCAUUAGUCCUCUGAAGAAAAUGUCGUCUUUUGAGAAUGAGAGAUAUUCACGCAGUGUAAGUCCGUCUUCAACGGAAACCUCUCCUCGACUGAUGACAGCGAAGCAACACAGAACACACCUCGUAGAUUUGAGGCGCUCCCUGGUGGAAGUGACAGAACGAGAUGAACAUGCAUACAGAGCAAGCAGAUCGUGUUCGCCACAGCUUAGUCAUUAUGAUGACACGGACAGAAUACAUAGUCCCCGGAGUUCCUCCUAUAACUGCUCACCACAAACGUCGCCUGUACACAACCGGUACUCGCCACAUAUCAGCCCAGAACAUCAUUACAUGCAACCAACAUCAAUAUCACCACGGGCAUCACCAGAGCGUCAUAAUUCUCCUUGUAUAUCUCCAGAGCACCAGCUUUACAGAACGGACUAUGGCAGUACCAACAGUCUAUCCGUACCAGACCAGCACACACUGAACGUGUCCCCGAGAAGCUAUUCACAUAGUCCCGCUAGGACGUACACACAGAGCAGGCCCGACGUGUACAAUGGAUCCUACCUGACCCCUCGUGUCACUAGUGCUUCGCCACAGCCAACUGCUGCGUCCACGCCCCAUCGACCCCGUUCUUCUCUGGAGGGUUCAAGAGAUCGAGAGUUGCGAGGACAUGAUCAGCUGUAUGCCCUUCAGGAGACAAAGGACCUAUUUAGGGACAUGCAGGAAGCAAGGAUGCGGAACCAACAGGAGAUUACUCGGGCACAGAACACACUGCUACAAAGUACCAGGAACUACAGUAACAUGAGAUCGAGGACGAGCUCCAAUGCCAGUUCUCGCCGGUCGUACAGUUCCUACCGAGACUACGCCCGUGACCUGAUAGAGGGCAGCCAGCGAUCCAUACACGGUAUGGUUAGUGGUAGUUAUGAACUGUAUGACACCACAAACCAUGGUAGGGGAACUGGAGUGAUCUCCCCUCCAUCAUCCGUUGUGUCCGACCUGGAAUCGUUACCAGAUUCUAUUCUUAGUGAACAAUACGCCAGCAAUGCUACAACCUCUCAUCUGAACACGGAUCCUUCCUUCAUUAGAACCAGACCAAUCAACUCCGCCGACAUUAAGUCCCGGAUAAGGAAACAGCGUAAGAUACCGUUAACGUCAUAGUUUCCACUCAGACGUUGUAUCUAUAGUGUGCAUAGUCAAAUAUAUAAGGAAGGGAAUGGAUAAUAAUGCUGAUUUAUUCCAAGUAAGACUUGGAAAUCGUUUGAUACAUUUGUGAUGCUCUACAAACAUGUUUUAAUUUUAUCGAAUGUUUUAUCUCAGGAAAUGACUCUUUCCUUGUCGGAUAUCUGAUAACGAAUGUUAAAUACGUUAGUGAUGUUUUUGUGAAUAGCGAUGCAUUUCAUUCGUAAAUGUCUGUGAUAUUAUUGGUGCCAAAGUUGAAUGUCAGAGGUAUGAGAAUGAGAUCGCAUGGAAACCUGUAGGAACUAUGAUUUAUCAAGAAGGUUUCUUUUUAUUAAAUUAUUAAAGUUUUAAGUGGUAAGUAAUUAACCGAAUUAAUUUAUGCUUGCAUGGUGUUGUGCUGGGGAUAAAGGUGUCGUUUACCUUUGGCGUUAAGAGUAUUUGGUAGAAGUACCUUGCCCUUGGAAUACGAUUUUACGAAAUGUUCUUUGCAGCAUAUCAAAUGAAACGUAAUGAUAGAUGAUGGUUACGAAAAUGUUUGCGUUUUCGAGUGAUUUAAAGAAAAGAGAAUAUUUUUUAAAGACUUGAUAUAUUUUAUUAUGCAGAAUGUGUAGCUACUGUAUGUCGAUAUGCUCGUGUGAGUAGAAAUGUUGAAACUGCGUUGGUGCAUGUGUAUGGGCUGUUGAAUAUUGAACAGAUUUCCUGCGACCCCUUUAGACGUCCCAUUGGCGAUCAACACAUUUUGGAGGAUGCGAUCGUCUACAUUUAGGACCAUUAUAAUGUUUUGUUAAAUCUAUUUAUUUACAUUGUGUCAUUUUACAUAAUUGUUUGAGUUUUUCUGAUUUAUUAACGGCGAUGAUAUUCAUAUUGAAUAAUCUACUUAAUAAAUGGCCGUUUGUAACAUUUUGUUGGGAUUCCGUCCAAGUUUAGUGAAAUUAUAAAUUAAGUCGAAUGCCUUUCUCGUCUUUCCGAGUUCUCUGCACUUACUGAGGACAACACAUAUGUAUCAGGUUCCGUGCACAUAAUUUACCUUAAAGCUGCUUUAAUGACUAGUCAGAGCAAAGAUUGUGAUAAGUGUCUGUGAUUAGGGCACUCAAGGGAGUCAACUCUUGUUAAAAUAAUUAAACAAUUUUACCAGAUAUCAUUAUAUUUAAAUAUCUGUGUAAAGAUAGACAAGAGAUGUCCAUUGGUAUCGCUGACUUAUAGAAAGAUGUGCUUUUAUACAACCGCCUGUUGUUUGUGCCUGUGAUGUAGCUGUUUAGACUGACGACCAUAACCAGACAGUCCCUCGGGUCGACAGCAGGGCUGCAUGGUUGGAAAGAGGUAGUUUAGGACUGGCUUGUUAGAGUCAACAUCAAAGUUUGUUAGAGACACUUACUUUUCUGUUCUUUUGUUUGGCUCUUUAAAUUCAAAAGAGUAAAAACAUAUAUUUAAAACAGUAUAAUUUGAUUAGCAUAAAGGUACAACAUUGUUAAUUUGCAGGUGUAUUUGUGUCUUUAUAUCUCAUUUAUUUCAAUGUUUUUCGCAAAAUUUAUUUCGAAAAUAUUGAUCGAUGGUUAAUGAAGGAAAUAAGUUUUUCUCAUUUCGUUGUUUUCAUGCGAAGAUGCCUAUAUAGAGAAUGUGUUUGAAUAUGGAAUAUUAUAGCAACAGUAAUUUUAUACAAUAUCGGUUCUACAUCCAUCCAUGAUAAAAUACGAUGCUAGGCAGCAUUGUUUGGUGCCUUAAUUUUUGCAUCAUCAUUAUUUAUAUUCCCGGUAUUAUUUUUUGCAUGCGUUUGUUUAGAUCAUUGUUUCAGUAUUUAGUGUUUUUAACGAUGAUCAGUAUUUUGGAAUAUAUCUUAUACACAAAGCAUCAUGAUCAAUACUAACAAAAUGAAUGGGAAUAUAUAUAUAUAAGGCAUUUAAAUAAGUUCUCGAUGUAUAUAUAAAAGAUAUGAUAUUUAUACGAUAUUUUUGUACCAAUAUGCUACAUUGUUCAGUGUAUCACUCACAUAUCAUCCAACCAUUGACACACAAUCAUCAAUGUAUUUGACAUCAAUAAAAAAUAAUAUAAACAAUAACAGA